UUAUCGCGCGGAACCGUACAGAAUGAUGUAAACCGAUGGGUAUUAGGGGGAACAAGUUCAGUAAUGUUAGAAACAGAGUCAUUGGCGCCAAUUGGCGCUGCAUGACUUGACUAAUUGUAAGCGGCCAGAUAUACUUUAGUUUUCGGUAAUCAAGCGUGAAUGAACGUUCCGUUCUUUCGUUUAGGAAAUGACCGCAGCGCCGAGCGCGAUCAACACCAAACCUCUAGGUACUGAGUUUAUAAUUGGAGCAUUAGCAGCUGUGGGAGCUGGUUUUUUCACAAAUCCAAUCGACGUAAUCAAAGUACGCCUACAAUUGCAGGGUGAAUUAGAAGCACGAAAUUCAUAUAACAAAAUAUAUAAGAAUACUUUGCAUGCAGGCUAUUUGAUAGCAAAACAUGAAGGCGUGCUUGCUUUGCAAGCUGGUAUCGUACCUGCCCUUUAUUUUCAAGUGGUACUUAAUGGAAUACGGUUAGGUGUCUACAAUUCCGCUAAAAAGUAUGACCUUAUCACUAAUAAAAAAGGGAAUACCGAUGUUCUCAGUACCGCAAUUGUAACUGGAACUGCUGGGAGCAUAGGAGCUGUACUUGGUAGUCCUUUCUAUAUGCUGAAAACACAAUUACAAUCACAAUCGGCGCAAACAAUAGCUGUUGGUUAUCAACACAAUCAUUUGGGUACCUGGUGUGCAUUCAAGUCUUUAUGGAAAGAAGGUGGAAUAGUUGCUUUAUAUCGCGGUUGGUAUGCUAACAUACCACGCGUUUUUGUGGGUUCCGCAACACAACUAACCACCUUUGGUUUAGCCGCGGACUGGUUACGUUCGUUACAAAUACUACCAAAUCAAUCAAUACUUUUGACCUUUCUUGCGUCCAUGAUCGGUGGAAGUUGCGUGGCACUUACUAUGCAACCAUUUGACGUUUUAGCAACAAGACUUUAUAAUCAACGGAUAGAUGCAGGCGGUAAAGGUUCGUUGUAUAAUGGUCUUUUAGACGCCAUAAUUAAAAUAUUCCGUAAAGAAGGACUGACUGGUUUGUACAAAGGAAUCUUUCCAACAUGGAUGAGAAUAGCACCGCACACUGUGCUGUGUUUAGUAUUUUACGAGAAAUUAGAUCAGUUGUAUUGUAUGAGUAGAUCGUAAAUGUGUGAUUGUAGGAAAGUAUGUAUGGAAAACCUACGAAUAGUAAUGUGGAAUAACGUUAUUCAUUACCAGAACAAGUUGUACAGUACAUUUCGAAGUCCAUAUUAAUUUGUAUCUAAAUGUCAUUGUACAUACCGUAUAUCUAGGUUCUGAACAUAGGGGAACGAAAGCUUUAUAAUGUUCAAACUAGUGUAUAAUGAAUACCAGGUAAAAAAAAAAUAAAUUUUACUUUCUUACAUGGGCA